AUGCAACCUUCCCGCAGAAGCUCUCGAUUGUCUGCAAAAGUAACAUCUGCGCCGGUUUCCUCCGCCGCUGGGCCCUCUGAAUCUUCCCGAAAACGAGUCCGCAAGCAGCGCCGAGAAACAACUCCGUCACCACCGUCACCACCUGCUGCAGUUACCUCUUCCUCUGAUGACGAGGUUGAAGCUUUCCAACCUAAGGAGCCACGCUAUCAAGCAAGUCGUGCCUCUUUCCAGGCACGAAAUCAGGAGAAUCCCGAUUUGCUUCGCUCGCACAUCACACCGGUCUCGAGUCGGUUUGUCACAAGCAAUGCAGCUGAAAGAGUGGUAGUUAGGUCCGGACUGAUCUAUACUCUAAUUGACUGUGAUUUAUUUCACCCAAAUGUCGUGAAAGAGUUCAUUGCGAAUCUGGGGGCUGCUGAGAAUAGAGAGGAUGGCGUUGCUGUAUUUCUUCGUGGAUCUAUGGUAGAUUUCUCACCUACACUGAUCAAUGCUCUGUAUCUGAUUCUGGGAUUUGAAGAGGACCCUGACUACAUGACUGCUGACAUCGACAUUGUGUGCUCGUUUUUGACUGAUAAUCGAGUGCAACGUUGGGAAGACAUGAGCUCCAAAUACCUAACUCGGACAAAUCAUGUGCUCUACAAGCUCGUGUGCUCCAACUGGAUACCUACGACUAACUACACUUCAAUGAAUCAGGAGCGACUCAAGUUCCUCUACAUGCUUCAUCAUCACAGGAGUUUUGAUUUUGGUCAGUCUGUUUAUGAUCAGAUCAUCAGUUUUUCAGCUAACGUUAACACUGACAAGUCUCGGAGGAUCAUCUUCCCUACGUUGAUUCAGCAAGUCAUUGACUAUCAACGAACUGUGUUGUCUUUUGAAGAAGAUGAUGAGUACACUGGAUAUCCGAAGCUCGUUGUCAAAGACAUCAAGGCAGGUCGAGGACAGGGUGCUGAUGCUCGAUCUGUGGAUCUUUUGGCUGACAUUGAGCGAACCAUAGCUGAUCUGAAAAAACAUUCGGAUUCGCUUGAGGAGUAA